AAUAUAAUCAAGCAAAACCAGCGUGGCACUUGGGAGAGCUACGAACCUAGCUCUUCUCUCUUUCAUUCCAGUUUGCGUUCUGACAAGGUCCUGAUGCCGGUGGAGUGGAUCCCGUUGGUGGGGCUCGUGCUUAACGUGGCCGCACGAGUGGGGCAGUACGCGGGAGAAGCUCUGCGCUACAGGAAGAAGUGCCAACUCCUCCGGACCCGCGUGCAAAUGAUCUCGACCCAGCUGCGCGCUCUGGAUGAAGCACAAUGGACGCCGGACCCGCUGGCGACUAAGGACACGCUGGAAUGCCUUCGCGAAGUCCUCGGCCGCGCCGAGCUCCUCGUGGUGUCCUGCCUUCUCAGGAAGAAGGCCUUCGAUUUCCUCAAGACUUUCAAGAACAAGGGCGAGUUCGCAUUCGUGAAUCAGCAGAUCAGCCACAUCAUGGAGGCCUUCCACCUGGCCAACCAUACCCUGCUUCUUCUCGCUCGCAACGACAGCAUCUUCAUGGUCGUGCUUGACACGCUAAUCAAAGAUGAAGCCUGCAGGCGCCUACCACAGGUUAUAAAGAAUGUGCUGGAGGAAUCUAUGAGCGGAUUGCGGCAUAGUGACAAUAUGCCAUCGGAGAAGAAGAGGAGGCUGGAACUGAUAAGAAGGGACCUAAGAGAGGGAUUAGACUGGGACGCAGCGAAAACAUCAUCAUCAGGAAGCAGGGGCCAGAACCAGAACGACCCUGUGCUGAAGGAAGUUGCCGAGUUCGCGGGGGAAAUUGUGGAGGAGGCGAAGGCUGUGAGCCACAACAAGGAGGAGGUUCAGCGGGUGGCCCAGCUCGUCCAGAAGGUGAUCUACCUCCUGCCCCAUCUGCAGCCUCCCCUGUUGACGCAGAAUCAAGCGACGAUCACGAAGCUCCUGGACAACCUCAAAGGCGCACACCAAACCAUCACGCAGCAGCACAGGCCCCUUCACUGCGGCCCUUCGGCCCUGGUGCCCAGCAGCUUCUGGAGGCAGCAAGCCAAACGGAUCGCCGAGCUUGGAAACACCAUCGAGGAGGUUUACCAAACCCUCACACUCAAGGUCGUGCGGCACAUCACGGCCAACGCGUAACCUGCACGCAGGUCACGCUGUGCACAUUAUGCCACAGAGCCAAAUCCACGGACACCUCAAAUUAUAUAUGUUCCUCUCGACUCUCCUAGUAUACUUGAACGAAGAUUGAUGAACUAUACAUUUACAAAUGUAUGCAUUUACUUGCAGGCAUGCAUGUAAUCUGGCCUAUAUAUAGAUAUGUUGCCUAUGCCGUCUCUUUUGUUA